AUGUCAUCGAGUCGAGAGGGAAUCUGUCCGAGCAACAGACAGCCUACCAUGUAUCCGGCGAAGGACAUUCACGUUCUAGUCCUAGCCCACCCAGUGCAAGGCCACAUAAACCCAAUGCUCCAAUUCUCCAAACGGUUGGCCUCAAAGGGUCUCAAAGUCACCUUCCUAAUCCCCAUCUCCACCAAGAAGUCCCUCAAUCUGGUAAACGCGAGCUCCAUCCAGGUCGAAUACAUCUCCGAUGGGUUCGACAACGUCGAAGCAGACAAGCUGAGCACUAAGGAGUAUCUCGAACACUUCCGACUCUCCGUUUCUCAGAGCCUGAGCGAUUUCAUUCAGAAACACCAAUCUUGUCAGGAGAAUCCGGCUAAAGUUCUUAUUUACGAUUCCUUUGACAGCUGGGCUCUAGACGUGGCAAUAGAACAUGGAAUGCAUGGAGCUUCGUUCUUCACUCAGUCCUGCGUCGUCAGUUGUAUCUAUUACUUGGUUCACCAAGGAACAGUGAAGCUCCCACUAGAUGCUGUCGAUGGACAAGGGCGUGUUCUAUGUGACCCUCCGGUGAUGUCGGUUUUAGGGCUGAACGAUUUUCCUUCAUUUGUUGCCGAUGUCCAUAAAUAUCCCGGCGUACUCGACAUCGUUCUCGGACAGUUCUCCAAUUUCCGGAAAGCGAAGUGGCUUUUGUUCAAUACUUUUACUGAGCUCGAGGAGGAGCUGGUGAAUUGGAUGGGGAAUCAAUGGUCGAUGAUGACCGUCGGACCCACGAUACCUUCCGUAUACAUGGACAAGAGACUCGAAGACGACACAGGCUACGGGCUUAGCCUCUUCAAGCCCGAAGCAGAAGCUUGCCUCCGGUGGCUGGACUCGAAGCCGCCCUGUUCCACCGUCUACGUGUCGUUCGGAAGCUUGGCGUCUCUCGGAGAGGACCAGAUGGAAGAGCUCGCGAGCGGACUCAGGUCGAUGAAGAGCCACUUCCUGUGGGUGGUGAGAGAGUCUGAAGAGAAGAAGCUCCCACGUAACUUCUUGCAAGAGCUAGGGUUAGAUGAUGACAAGAAGGGUUUGGUGGUGAGGUGGUCCAAUCAGCUCCAAGUGCUGAGCCACGUCUCGGUCGGUUGCUUCAUGACCCAUUGCGGUUGGAACUCUACCCUCGAGGCGCUGAGCUUGGGAGUCCCCAUGGUGGUGAUGCCCCAGUGGACGGACCAGCCGACCAAUGCAACUUUUAUCGUGGAGGUUUGGAAGGUCGGCCUCAGGGUCAGGGCCAACGAGCGAGGGGUUGUGACUGGGGAAGAGAUCGAGUUGCGUGAACGAGAUCAUGGAGGGGGAGAGAGAGGGAAAGAGAUCAGAGAAAACUCCUUGGGUUGGAAAGAAUUGGCCAAACGAGCCAUUGACGAAGGAGGUAGUUCCGAAAAGAACAUCCAAGAAUUUGUCUCCAACGUUCUUGAUUUAUGCACAUGAUGCAUUUGCCCCUGCAAUAAUGGUGAAAAGUAAUCUUACUGAUUUGAUACAAAUGGUUGUAUCUUAAUCGAAUUGUAAGAUUUCAUUUAGAAUAAUAUUACAAGUUUAGAACA